GCGGUUUGUCUUUAAAUAAUAGAAUAAUUAUUAAAAAAUUAAAUUUUACCAGGAAUAUAUAUACAUUAUAUCAUUAACAUCAUUUGUUUGUGUUGUUAGUUUGUUUAGAACAUAAUGGAAUGUGAAUACAGCGUUAAAUUCAAUAAUUGGUGUUGAACUGAUUACCUAAUAAGUAAGAUAAUGAAACAGGUAUAAGUCCUAUCCUAUAAUAGCUAUAAUUCCGUUAGAUUAAAUAUAUUCACUGCUAGUCAACCUUUAUUUUUUUAAUACGUGCUAUAAUGGUCCUCAGAAAAGUAUAUACUCUGGUUUUUGUCAGAAAAGAGAACCAAAUAUUGUUAGGUUACAAGAAAAGAGGAUUUGGAAUGAAUAAAUGGAAUGGUUUUGGCGGGAAAGUUGAGCCUAAUGAAUGUAUACUAGAUGCAGCAAUUCGCGAGUUAAACGAAGAAUGUGGGCUUACAGUUGAAACUACUGAUUUAAAGAAUUUGGCACAUCUAGAAUUUACUUUUACAGGCGAACCGGUAAUGAUGGAUUGUAGGGUUUUUUCAACAAACAUAUUUAAUGGAACACCAAUAGAAACUGAGGAAAUGUUACCUAGAUGGUUUCAAAUAGAUCAACUACCUUUUGAUAAUAUGUGGCCUGACGAUCGGAUAUGGUUCCCUUAUAUGUUAAAAAACAAGUUGUUUUAUGGAAAGUUUAAUUUUAAUGGAGUUGAUACUCUAUUAAAUUACAAAAUUAGAGAGUUAGAAUCAAUGGAGGAGUAUUACAAUGAAAAAGGAGAUUAGAACUUAUAUUAUAGCCACAAUAAUAGAUGUUGUUCUCUGUACACACUUACAAGUGAAAAAUAAUAGUAGAUAAUUAGUACGUGGCUGAACAAAAAAAUAUUAAUGUAAGAGACUUAUUAUCACACAUGGGCUCAAAGUAAAUCAUAAUUUUUUUGUACACUGUCAUGUUCAAUAAACAUUAAUUUAAUUAA